AUGGCCUCCGCUACCUCUUUCUUCGAGUUCGAACCCGCUGACAAGAAGGGUAACCCCUUCCCUCUCACCUCCCUCGAGGGUAAGGUCGUUCUUGUCGUCAACACCGCCUCAAAGUGCGGUUUUACUCCUCAGUUCGAAGGUCUGGAGAAGCUCUGGCAGACCCUGAAGGCCAAAUACCCUGGCGACGUCGCCAUCGUCGGUUUCCCCUGCAACCAGUUCGGCGGCCAAGACCCCGGUUCCAACGACGAGAUUCAAUCUUUCUGCCAGGUCAACUAUGGUGUGACAUUCACCAUUCUGGGCAAGCUGGACGUCAACGGUGAAAAUGCCGCUCCUAUCUUCAACUGGCUCAAGGAGAAGCAGCCUGGCAUGCUGGGCCUCAAGCGCGUUAAGUGGAACUUCGAGAAGUUCCUUGUUGGUGCCGAUGGACAGGUUACCGGUCGUUGGUCCAGCAUUACCAAGCCCGAGUCUCUGGAGGCCCCGAUCGUUGAGCAGAUUGAGAAGGCGCGCAAGGCGGGUAUCCUCGCUUCUCAGAAGGCCACCGAGGAGGCGUAG